CCAAGCAUCCUUAACUUAUUUACAAAUGUAAAAAAUAAAAUCAAGAAAGAAGUGCAACUAUUAAUGGUGAGCUUUCUUUCCUCACUGUUAGCUAUUGCUGUAAUAUGUUCCAAAGGAAUUGUAAUACGCACAUCAACGGAAGGAUUCGUAUCUUCCGAUGGGUUAAAGACAGCAACGAAAUACAAUAUUGAGAACAACGCUUCCACUAAUUUUUUAGUGGCAUUGCAACCAAAAAUCCACCAACAUUUUAAACAAAAAUCAUUGGAUAAAAGAGAUUAUGAAGGUAAGCAAUUAUAUUAUUCAUUGGCUCAUACAAACAAUGAGGAAAUCGAUUCUGGAGCAACGGAUACUGAGAAUCCUCUAAUUCCAGCAUUAGCUUUGAACUCUUAUUUGUAUCGUUUUCCAACAAUCUCCAAAUCCAAUCAUCCGGAACUACUGCCACUCAAUCCAUUUGUUUCCUUGUUGCUCUCCCAUUAUGGCAGAUAUAUCCCGUUGAGAAAAUUGCAUGGGCGUAGUAUUUAUGGAUAUUCAGCAGCUAAUAACUACCAUAACAAUAAACCAUUUGGAGCAUAUAAAAUUUAUGAAAACGAGUGAAUUGUAAUGGUCAAUGUAACUAAAAUAUUUUUUACACUUGUGAUUUUAACUAGACGGUUUUAACAUUGCUGAUAACCAUCAAUAUGAAAAAAGUUCAACAACUGCAUUUCAUUUAGUAGUUUGUUUAAAACACUUUUCGGAGUGCCUACUCAUAGAUUCAGUUUUUCACACGUAAUUU